CCCAGCUGUCGUUAAUAGCUGGUCCUGACAGAAGGCCUAAAAACUGUGGUUUUAGACAAGAAAUUAGAGACAGCAAGAUUGCAAAAGGGUCAUGGAGCUGAAAGAAAAAGAAGGCAGUGCUAACACUUGCGGAGUUUCCCUCUCCAAUGAGGAAGCUUCUUGCACCAUAUGUGAUUUCUCUGCGUGCCCGUUUCCUUUCCGUGCUCGCACCACUCACAAUCAGAUGAGUGUGCAGUGAGGCAGCCGGGGUAGCUGAGACCUCAAGCCUGCCCUGGGAGCAGAGGCAAACAUGGCCCUGCAAUGGAUGUUUCUCCUGCUCCUCACACCUGUGCUGGCAGCACAAAAUCGUGGAAAAUGUAAACUCCCCUCCAACUGGGACUCCAAACUGUGGUUUACUCCGAGGAAGAGCGACUAUGCCUUGGACGAAGUGGUGCAGCUCAGCUGUGCUGGGAAGAUUCCUGGGAAGUUUGUCCCAUCUGUCACAGAGAUUCAAUGCAUUUCCAGAGGGGACGAGAUCCUGUGGAAUGAGACUGCCACCUGCAAGGAGAGAUGCCCACAGCCCCAGUGGGACUCACAGCUCCAGUUUAACCCAGACCAGAGAUUUUACUGGGUCACUGAAGAGGUGUCACUGAGCUGCUUUGUGAACGACGCUCCUCCCCUUGCUAUGAUCAGAUGUGCAAACUGGAAGGGUGUUUGGGAGGUGUUGGACAUUUCGGGAAAAUGGCAGAGGCUGGCACAGAAGCUGAUCUGCACCACGGCAAAAUGCCCAAAACCUCAGUGGGAUGCAAGACUUCAGUUUUUGGAGGACAAAUCUGAAUACCCACAGAAUAGAGAACUGACACUGACCUGCCCCGAAGGCCUUGAGCCCUCCUUCCCUGAGGUCAAAUGUACAAAGGGAAUUCAGGGAGUGAGUUCUGGAAAGCCAGUCUAUGUGGAUGCCUGGUGGGGCAGGAGCAGCGCAGGUGCCUGGACGCGCAUUGAGGAGGCUGUCCUGUGUAUGGAAAUGUGCCAAAGGCCCCUGUGGGACUCCAGACUCCAGCUGGCACCAGACCUGGAGAACUAUAAGAAGAAUGAGAAAGUGAUGCUGAGCUGCCCUGAGGGUUUCCAGCCACCCUUCACUGAAGUCCAGUGUCAGACUCAGUUCCAGUAUGAUGUUUAUGGGACACGUGUGUACAAAGAAUUUUGGCUUGGAAGAGACUCCAAGGGUGCCUGGGUCCCCAUUCAGUCCCAUGUGGAAUGCAUUGAAGGGUGCAAAAGGCCCUCGAGGGACUCCAGACUCCAGCUGGCACCAGACCAGGAGAACUAUAAGAAGAAUGAGAAAGUGAUGCUGAGCUGCCCUGAGGGUUUCCAGCCACCCUUCACUGAAGUCCAGUGUCAGACUCAGUUCCAGUAUGAUGUUUAUGGGACACCUGUGUACAAAGAAUUUUGGCUUGGAAGAGACUCCAAAGGUGCCUGGGUCCCCAUUGUGUCCAGUGUGGAAUGCAUUGAAGUGCUCCAGGUUGACCAUAAGACCCUUGAGAUUUCCAGCACCAGCAUCCAGCUGAAAUGGACCUGCAGGUUCCCUGAUGCCUGCCACGGCAUGAGGGCCAUGUGCCGGCUGGCAGCACCUUCCUCCCCUCCCUGUGAGGCUGAGGAGGUGAACGGAGAGCAGAUGUUACAUGGCCAGGAGGGAACUUUCACCUGCUCCCCUCUGCAGCCCUUCACUGAAUACAUUGUCACCAUUGACUUGCCCCCCAACACAACCCUGUUCUCAUGGUUGUUCAUGACACGGGAAACAGUGCCGGACCAACCGCAGCAGCUGUGGCUGGAUGCCGACAGGGGCUCUCUCAGGUGGAGCGCGCUGCCCUCCUGCAACGGGGAGAUCAUCGGAUACCAGCUGAGCAUCACAGCCAGGCACGCCGGGGACAGCAGCGUGCUGGAGAGCGAGCGGCUGCGGCUCAAUGGCUCCGUCACCGAGCACCGGCUGCCGGAGCACGGCCCCGGCAGCAGCUACGCGGUGAUGAUCCAGGGACUGACGGCUGCCGGAGCCGGAGCCGCGCUGCUCAGGGAGUUUCACAGCAACAGCAGCUCCGACACCCCGCGGCCGCAGGGCAUCGGCUGCCGCAGCGCCCGCGACGUGGCCCCAUCGCAAGGGACGGCCGUGCUCCCCCUGCGCCCCAUCGCCCGCGGCUCUGAGGCCGCCAGGGAGCACCAGCUGAUCGUGGCCACGACGCGCGACGCCUCGCUGGUCGAGAGCAUCUGCUCGGGGCAGCCGCGCCUCUCCAAUGGCAGCGUGUACCUGGCCGCUGUUCUCAACCUCACCGCCCCCACGGACUUCGUGCUGGGCGACGGCAGCCGCGGGCAGGGCCGGCACAACGCUGCGCUCAGCCCGGGCCGGGACUACACGGCCCUUCUGCGCCUCGUCCGCCUCGGCCCGCAGGCAGAGAAGUUCACCUGUGUCUGCUACAGCUUCUCUGUCGGCCAGACUGUGGGCCAGUGGCAUUGGAUUGUGACUGGAGUGGUUGUGCUGUUUGUAGAC